CAAGCAUAAUUUUCAUAAAAGAGCAAACUUUCUUUGAGUGUCUCUCUCUGCCUCUUUCUCGAAAAAGAAAAAUGGAAAAUGAAAACAGUAACAGUUGAAGAAAGAGGUGCGAUGCAGCUGAUCAUAAUCUAUCUAACGAAGUUCGCGUGUUCCUGAAACCACUGAGAAAAGCCACAGAGAGAGAGAGAGAGAGAGAAGGGGGGGGGGGCGCGCUACAAAACAGAGCCAUUCUUUAACAAAGACGCUCUCAUUCUCAUUCUCAUGCGCUGUUGUCUGUGAGAGAGAAGGUAUCUGCGAAAGUGACCGUUGUCGGCACUUUAAUACCAAUCCAUAUAGCUUUGGUAUCAAAUCGAGCUUUCCUGCUCUUCAUCUCAUCCGAAUUUUUUGAUGCUUGUCAUUGUUGUUCCUUCCUACUUUUCUGUUUACGAUCCAUUCACUCUCGGGACUAACCUCGCUUGUUACUUACCGAUGAUUUUGCAAUAGAAUCUGGAAGCACCGAGAUUUUUCUGCCUGGAUAGUCCAGUUGGAAUAAUCUUUGAUGUUCGAGAGCGCUAGAGUCUAAUAAGCAAAACAGAACACAUUUCGUAUGGAUUUUUUGGAUUGAUUGGGAAGAUUUUGGGUCUAAAAUACGCAGUGGUACCAGUGUUUUCCUUGGUUGAUUCGGAAGUUCUUGAUGCCGAAUGAAUGAUUAGGCAUGCUUGACGAUGUAUUAUGAUGCUUGAGGUUGACGUAAAUAAGCGGUCUUAAAGCUAGCAAUUGUCUGACUGAAAGAAUUCAAAAUGAGUUGGAGCACACACAUGGAGGUCCAAUACAACAAUAUCAGCUAUCCCUACAAUACAGCAGGAAGCUUUAUUGAAUAUUUUGAAGGUCUAACCUACGAACAUGUCAAUUUCAUUUUUUCUGGUGCUUCACAUGCUCAGGAGAGCUUGUACCCAUCAACUACAAGUUUGUACAAGUUUGGCCCAUUUGAGCCUGAGAAUACAUCAUACUCUCGUUACAGUGAUGGUUAUGCGGUGAAUAAUCAUGAUCCACUGAUGGAUGAACACAGAAGGCCUUCCGAGAACACAGCAAUAUUUAGUGAACAUGCUGCAGCAGCAAGUGCAGAAUGGGGUGAGGGUGUAAACAACCCUGCACGAGACAAUUCUGUUGAAUGCCCAAGAAGACGUCAUAAUUCCCAUGACUAUCAGGUCACUUGGCAAGACAAUAUUGAUCCUGACAACAUGUCCUAUGAGGAAUUACUUGAGUUAGGUGAGACUGUGGGAACUCAAAGCCGUGGUCUCUCCCAAGAACAGAUUUCUCUGCUUCCAGUUUCAAAGUACAAGUGCGGGUUUUUCUUACGCAAAAAAUCACGGGAUGAGAGAUGUGUGAUUUGCCAGAUGGAAUAUGCAAGAGGGGAAAAACGGAUCACCUUACCUUGCAAACAUGUAUAUCAUGCUGGGUGCGCAACAACAUGGCUUAGCAUCAACAAGGCUUGCCCUAUAUGUUACACAGAGGUGUUUUCUGAUACGUCAAAACGCAAAUGAUCACCUGCCAGUGAAUUCAAGAGAUCUGCAUCCAUUCGCGUUUUCCUUUUGAGUUUGGGUAUCUAGAUAGAUACAAAAUUAUUUGUUUCUUUCUUUCCUAGACAGGUAUUAUCUAGUGGGGUUUCUUGAAUCUACUUCACAUGAGAGCUAUAACGUGGGUUAACUUUAGGGGGAAAAAGAAAAUUCCAUGAGAAUGCAUCAUAGUUGUGUUGGAGAGGCUGGAUUUAUUUUAUUUUCAUAUUUUUAUAAAGUGUGCCUUCAUUUCACCUGUAUCACAUGUCAACUCGACAUGUUUGCCACAACUGCAGGCUAUUUUAACGGAAACCUUCAAUAACA